ACUUGAAGGGGGGGAUGACUUUUUGUGUAUAUAUUCCAUCCUAUUGUGUUGAUUUGUAAGGUUCUUCAAGCACUGUCAUGGCAUACAGACUUGUUGGCUGCAAAAAGCUAACAUCAGGACUUGACUGUAUCUGAUGGACUAACUGCUGCUUAGCUAACAUAUUGGAGUCAUUAAUGGAAAGUUUCUAGCAUGUUGGCAAUUAUUUGCCUAUGCUUGUCUCCAGCUUAGGUUAUCUAACUGACAGUCAAGUAUUCAAAAAGCCAAGAGAUUUGGUUUCUGAGUUUUCAAAUGGUGGAUAGUAAUAAAUGUUUGCAGAUCCGUUUUCAAACCCAUCUGUCUACAGUCAUGAAGUAGGAUAAGUAUUUCCCUGCAAAGAAGGGAAAAUAUUGUCUAGUUGGUGAUAGAACCUUCCUUUGGAAAUAUCAGACAAAUGCAGUGUGAAAGGAGCCAGUGGUGGCAAAUGAGUAUGUAGAGGAACAUAUUGAAAUGCAGCUGUUAAAUUCCAGUUGAUAGCUUGAAUCUUUGAAAUACCAUAGGCUCUGAUGAUCUAAAUAUUUUUAGAGUUAAUUUUUAGUCUUGUGCACCGCUCAGAAUAAAAUGUAUAAUGUUUUGACUCUUAAUCUAUAGGUUUCAGCAAUAAAACUUUUUUUACUGACUCAACGAAGGACUCUUCAGAUUUGGUACCUACAUUCUGUUCAGGUGUUAUAAUGUGACUUUUGGUCAACUGAAAGAUAUAUGAAUACAAAGUUAGGAAUUGGGAUUAAUCAGAAAUAUGGAGCAUUACAAGGAGUACGUAGGAUGUGAUCUUUGUAAGACGCCUCUAUCAAAUAUAGCUCAGAGGAUUAUGUCAGCUAUGCAAUCACUUCCUUUGGAAGAAACUCAUAAUAACAGAAAAAGUGAACCAAGUGCUGUUGAGGAGACAAACGAGUAUAAAUUCAGGGAAAAGGAAACGCUUCUGGAACAUGAAAAGGAGAUUCACAAUUCUGUACCUGUAUUAUUAAAGUCUGCUUACACUGCAAAAAAUACAUCUCUUAAAAAUGAAGUGUUUUGCAACCGAGAGGCCAGCAUGGGCUUACUAUUGCCCCCCUUUUGUUCAAGUGCUAUUCUAAGUAACCAGGUGGUAGGUCUACCAAAAUGGCACAGUGGUGAAGGGAACUCUUCAGUAAAGACAAAGGAAAAUAAGGAUUGUGAAAAGAAUCUUAAAGAAUCUUCCAGUCUUAAAAGGAAACGGGAUGUGCCUAUGUAUUGUUCACAGAAGUCAGAAAAAUGGUUACCAGAAAAGCACUCUAUUAAUCCAUGUAAAACUAAGUGUGAUUGGACUUCCGAACAAGGCGAAUCAUCUGAAAAAGCAUUUUGUGACAUAAGAAAUUUAGAAUAUGAAGAAAAAAUCCAACUACUUGGAACUAUUAAACAGGCAUUGGCUGUAGUGAUUACAAUGGUAUUUCAAGAUGGUUCUUCACAGCUUAACUCUGAUCAGGAUUUAACUUCAUCAGUAAAAGGAAUCGCUGUAUUAGUGAAAAGUCAGUCAGACCACCUUUGCCCUUCCAGUGGCUGUUCCAUUGCUAAUCCAUUGGAUACCUGUGUCAGGAAUGAUAAGCUUGUUUAUUUAAAGCUAGAGCAUACCUCUGCAUGGGAACAAGAAGAACCGGCUCAUAAGCAAUACAGUAGACAAAUAUUAAUUCAAAUACUACAGUGUAAAGGUACUGUUGUUUGCUUCAAUGCAAAGGAUUUUCUGAGAACAUUACUCCAUGUUUAUGGCAAUGAGAUCUGCUGGAAACGAGUUGCUGAUUGUGUUGUAUUGGAUCCAAGGAUUGCUGCAUGGCUAAUAAAUCCUAGUGACACUGUUCCCUCUUUUGAGUAUUUAAUACUAAAGCAUUUUAAAAAACCUCUUUCUAUGAGAAUGGUGAAUAUGAACAUGGGUUUGUUAAGCAAUAUAUCGCAUCAGAACUUGGGUCUAAACUUGAAGAUACUUUACAGUGUAAUGAUGGACCUUUCUCAUGAGUUACAGGUUCAAGGCUUGUGGAAAUUGUUUUGCACUUUGGAGCUCCCGCUGAUAAAAAUAUUGGCAGUGAUGGAAACCCACAAAAUACAUGUGAAUAAAGAAGAGCUGAAAAGAACAUCAGAGAUUCUAGGGUUGCGAUUGAAAGAGCUUGAGCAGGAAGCCCAUCGAGCUGCUGGGCAACAAUUCCUUUUGACCAGCAGUUGUCAACUCAGAGAGGUAUUAUUUGAAAAAUUAAAGUUGCAUAUGCUAUGUGAGAGAAUUCCCAGGACUGAGAGUCAACAAUCUAUAUCCACUUCAGAAGCUGUGUUAAAUAAACUGCAAGAUCUUCACCCGUUGCCUAAAAUAAUUUUAGAAUACCGUCAGGUGCAUAAAAUAAAAUCAACCUAUGUGGAUGGACUACUUUCAUGCAUGAAAAAGGGAUUUCUUUCAUCUACAUGGAAUCAAACAGGAACUGUGACUGGAAGACUUUCAGCAAAGCAUCCGAAUAUUCAAGGCAUCUCCAAGCAUCCCAUUCAAAUUAUUAAGAAGCAGUACAUAAAAGGAAAAGACAGUGAGAUAGUUACUAUUUCCCCAAGGGCCAUUUUUGUUUCAGCCAAAGGAUAUACAUUUCUAGCAGCAGAUUUUUCCCAAAUUGAACUACGAAUCCUUGCACACCUGUCCUGUGAUCCAGAACUUCUGAAACUAUUCCAAGAACCUGAAAGCAGUGAUGUUUUUACUGUAUUGACUUCUCAAUGCUGGGAUUUUGCUAGGACAGGAUUAGCUGAAAAAGGGAUACAAAGGUUAUUAUUAAAAGAGAAAGAUAAGAAAAAAGGAGACCACCAACAGGAGAUGGAGCAAGGAUUAAAUAAAGAGAAUGAAGAGAAGAUGGAAGAGA